GGGAUGUUGUUCCUCGCAGGCUUCCGUAGAGACAGGAAGCGGUUCCGUUGUUGUCAGGAGACCUUUCACGAGUCUCUUCCUCGGGUCGUUUAUCCAUUGAAAUAGGGGGCUUCAGCAGAGGUCGUUAUGGGAGACAUUCGACAGUCGUUGCUGCCUCGGGACGUGCUGAGCGCAGCCAAGGAGCUGCUGUACCACCUUGACAUUUACAUCUCUAACCUGGUCCAGUCUGGGAGGCAGCCUCCCCAGGUCGACUCCAAAACCCUGGAGCUGGUCGAGGAGUUCAUUCUGCAUGCACCCAAGGACAGAAACACUCCGUCCAGGCGGAUGAGUGCCCUCCAGGAGCUCCAGCUGCUGGAGAUCAUGUGCAGCUGUUUUCAGGAGCAGAGUCGUGACACUGUCCGUCAGCUUAUGUUCUCCGCCCUCUUCAGCCUCCAAGGCAACCAGGCGGAUGAAAGUCGCAUGUCACUGCUAGGGAAGCUGGUCUCUAUGGCGAUUGCUGUGGGCAGGGUUCCUAUCUUGGAAUGUGCUGCUACCUGGUUACAGAGAACCCAUCGUGUGUACUGCGUACGCCUGGCGCAGGUGCUGGUUGAUGAUUACUGUAGCAUGGUGCCAGGCUCUGUGCCCACCCUCCAGAAUAUCCACAGUGCCAGCCCACGCUUCUGCUGUCAGUUUAUCACUGCUGUCACCACCCUCUACGACCUCACCUCAGAGGAGCUCACCCCUCCAAUGGAACUCCUCCAGAUGAUUGCGUCAUGGAUUCAAGAUGACCCCCGACUAGUCCUGAUCAACUUCUUGAACACGCCCCUUACUGGCAGCCAGCCAAUCAGCUCACUUGAUGUCACACCUUUGGGGGGUUUAGUGCGCUGGUGCGUCAAAGCGCCGCUGGUCUAUAGGAAAGACAAGAAGAAGCCACUGACCAAUGGAAGCACGGAGAGUGAGCAAGAAGCAGGGCCUCUCUUCUCUGCACUUCAUUUGAGUGUCCUACAGGUCUUCAUGUUGUUGCCCAACAUUCUAAAUGAGAAGGGGCUGUUUGGUCGCCUGGCGCUGCUUCAGCUGGAAUCGUUGGCUGCGCUGACCUCGGACCUUUCUCGACUGUUGGACCAGGCCGACAAACACACACACGCGUCAUCCACCGACACACAAGCAUUGUCCCAGUUGGCCCUCGACCGACUGGCCCAGGCUCUGCAGGUGGCCAUGGCAAGUGGAGCCCUGCUCUGCUCAAGAGAGGACCUGAGAGCCAUCUGUUCCCGUCUCCCACACAACAAUUUGCUCCAGUUGGUGCUGUCUGGCCCGGUGAUGUACUACAACAACAUCCACACCCCUCCGUUGGCCUUUAGCCCGCACGCCGCUCAUUCGCCCAUCGCCUCGCACCCCGCACUCCCUGCACACCCCGCACUCCCCGCACACCCCGCACACCCCGCACACCCUGCACACCCUGCACACCCUGCACACACCCCACACACACCACUCACCGCCCACCCCUCCACCCACCCUCAGUACCCUGCUCCGCCCUUCAUUUCAGGGAUGCCGUUCCCCUUCCGGCCCAGCCACUAACAUUAAAAACUGGCCAACUUGUUUGCAAAGGUGAAGUUGUGUAUGGAUGUUGGGUUAUGAGUGCUGUUAGAUGUUUGUCAGCAUGACUGAUUUAUUAUGUAUUUUGGUGUUACUAGCACAUUUCUUCUGGUAAAAGUGUCUAAGGCUAACAUGUUUGUCCAAUAAAUAUUUUUUUACUUUA